UUUAGGGAGUUGUGGUUUUGCAGGGUUGGUGUUGUUGAAGUUUCAGGAUGGAUUUGGGAGGACCCUUUAGGUGAUGUAAUGACUUGCGGCUUUAACAUCAUUCUUCAACCCUCUUGGUGAUCGACAAAGCAUAAGCAUCUCCUUAUCAUCAACGUCUUUUUCCCUCAGAAUUUACGAUUUCCUUUUGAUUUCAAGAGGUUAUUAACCCUUCUUUUAUCGAAAUCUCCUUUCUGUUCGAAUUAGUUGGUGCCCUAAUUUCCUGCUUUUGUCGUCCGCCACAUGCCCCCCUCCCCCUCUUAUAUUUUGUGAAUUUUCUUAAAUUUCAUAACUCAAUUUCUGAUUAUGUGGGGUUUUAUUAUGUGGGUUGUAUUGAAUAUUACUGAGUCCUUUGAUUGCAUCAAGUUCCUAAUUACCCAUAUCAGCCAUCAGGUGAACUUGAGGAAAAGCUUUUCUUUGUUGCUAUCAAAAUACGUUGUUCAAUUCAAAAGGAUGCAAUCAACUUUGGAUCAAUUGUCAGUGGAUCUUCUUAGGGAUCGAAACUUGCAUCAUUUAAGGUCAUCACCAUUGGAUUUGAAUUCAGUGAAAUGUUUAUUGAAGAUGAGAAGAUUGCAAGGUUCAAGGUUGAAUGUGUAUAAUGCGGUUGUUACAACUCUAAAAGAGAUAAAUCAGUACAAUCAUAGUGCCAUAUAUCCUUUGUCAGAUCUUUGGAGCAAAAAUGUGAAUAGAAAGGCAGAUUGAAGAUGGUGUUGAAUUUAUUUUGAAGCAAUGGAAAUUAUACAAAUAGAGUAAACAAGGUUCAAGAGGAUUGCAAAUGGAAAAAAUUGAUUACAUGUUAGUUUAGCCAAGUAACAAUCCUAAAAUAAUGGAUUUAUUGAUAUUUUGUAGCUUGAUGC